AUGGCUGACCAUGCAUCCACGCAGCUUCCCAGCAUGGUUCGAAAGCCUAGGGCUGUAUGGCCCGGCCUGGACAAGAUGGGUAUGUACCAGAAGCAGAUAGCAGGCGACGGCAAUUGUCUCUUUGCAUCGCUUUCUGACCAACUCUACGGCACGCCGGCAAAACACCCCGAGAUACGUGCGAGCAUCAUUGACCACAUGCGAACCUCCCGCCCGCUUUUCGAACAUUAUGUCCACAAGGACGACGUGCAACAACGACGGACUCUCCGCUCUGCCACACUGGCUUCUCGUCAAGAGCCAGAAGACGCGUUUGAGGAAUAUUUGUCUCUCAUGUCACGCAGCGGGACCUAUGGUGGAGAACCUGAAUUGGUAGCCUUCUGUCAGGUCUUCGAUCAAGAUGUCACGGUGCACCUCCCACGCAUCAAGAAUUUUGACAGGGAUUCGAUCCUUUACACGAACGAGCACCGGAGGGACCCAGCUGCUGUGCUGCCGCUUCACAUCUGCUACGGCGGAGAUGAGGUCACGCGAGCACACUACGACUCCGCCCGGACCAGGGAUGGCUCCAUGCCACGGCACAAGAACAGCCCCCUCCUCAGACCUCAAGACACUUCUCGCAACGGCCUUACUGGUUCUCCAUCCUCGCCACAUCUUAUCCUCAGUACUAGAGCGAUCCGGAGCAGCAAGGCAGAACUAUCGUCGGAGUUCAUCCAGGACUUCCUGCAAAAGAGCAAGAGAGACAUGGAGAACAAUCUGGACCAGCUCAGUGACAAAUACCGUGCACGAAGUCCUUCUGUGACCUCGUCUCAACGCAGCUCGAGCUCAAAGAGAUCCCUGGACGAGGAUGGAGAACCUGUUCGGGCAACCAAAAGAGCAGAUAGACGCAAAAGCACGAGGCGACGUGCAGAUAUGGCUGUUGCAAUCUGUGAACCAGACAAUGAACUCUCCCCGCCAAGUACAGGUACACCACCAAGCACUCAAGACACCGAAUUAUCAUCGGACAACCCCGCUCAAGAGAACACGCAUCCUAAGACGAAGGCCAACCGUCAUGUCCCUGAGGAGAAGGGCACUCAUCUGGAAUCUGUUACCGAUCCUACGAAGCCUGUCCCUAAGGCUCAGCCUCGCAUCUCACUCAGUCUUGUCACCAACAAAGUAGCCGCUGCAUCAGAGUCGACUAGCUCAAGAUUGAUGUCGGUUGCCGAGAGGCCCAAACCAACAUUGCGAGCAUAG